UUUCAUGUUUGUCCCCAUCUCCUUGGACCAAGGGACAGGAAGCUGCCAGGGGUCCGGUGAAUUCGGAUUCAGCUCGUUUGGAAUAAAACACAACUAAAAGAAAUAAAGCCCCUUGUUUUAAAUCAGCGCAGUGCGCCAGGGCUGCUUCGCAGGGCUCCGGCGCAGAGCGAGCACUUUUCCCCUGACGUUCUAGAUGUCGCUGUUGACCACAUUUCGGAUUCAGCCCGGACUGUCCCGCGGAGCACGUGACUCGCGGGGAGGUAGCGGCUCAAGGCCAUUUUCAAAUCUCAUUGGCUUGGUUGUCAUGUGGUUGUGCAGAGGCAUCCACAAUUACACAGGGUAUGUUUUCCUAGAGAUGUCAGCCUACAAAGGACACAAUCUCUCUUCUUCAAAUUCCUCCCCAAAAUGUCCUUUCCAAACAGCUCUCCUGCUGCUAAUACCUUUUUAGUAGAUUCUUUGAUCAGUGCCUGUAGAAGUGACAGUUUUUAUUCUAACAGCGCCAGCAUGUAUAUGCCACCUAGCACAGACAUUGGAACUUAUGGAAUGCAAACCUGUGGACUUCUACCGUCUCUGGCUAAAAGAGAAGUUAAUCACCAAAAUAUGGGUAUGAAUGUACAUCCUUAUAUACCUCAAGUAGACAGUUGGACAGAUCCGAAUAGGUCUUGUCGAAUAGAGCAACCUGUUACACAGCAGGUACCCACUUGUUCCUUUACUACAAAUAUUAAGGAAGAAAGCAAUUGCUGCAUGUAUUCUGAUAAGAGAACAAAACUAAUUUCUUCAGACGUCCCUUCCUACCAGAGGUUGGUCUCUGAAUCAUGUCCCAUUGAAAAUCCUGAGGUUCCUGUCCCAGGAUAUUUUAGACUAAGCCAGACCUACGCCACUGGGAAAACCCAAGAGUACAAUAAUAGUCCUGAAACGAGUUCAACUGUAAUGUUACAGUUAAACCCUCGCGGCAGCUCCAAACCGCAGCUAUCUUCUCAACUUCAGAUGGAAAAGAAAAUGAAUGAAAAUCCGAACAACCAAGACAACUCAGCUAAAGUCUCUCAAGUGGAAAGUCCAGAGCCAAAGUCCACUUUACAAGAUGAAAGGAGCUGCCUGGCUGAAGGCUCUGUGUCCAGCCCAGAAGUACAGGAGAAGGAAAGUAAAGAGGAAAUCAAGUCUGAUACGCCAACAAGCAAUUGGUUAACUGCAAAGAGUGGCAGAAAGAAGAGGUGUCCUUAUACUAAACAUCAAACACUGGAAUUAGAAAAAGAGUUCUUAUUCAAUAUGUAUCUCACUCGAGAGCGCCGCCUAGAGAUCAGUAAGAGCGUAAACCUCACUGACAGGCAGGUCAAGAUUUGGUUUCAAAACCGCAGAAUGAAGCUCAAGAAGAUGAGCAGGGAGAACCGAAUCCGAGAACUGACCGCUAAUCUGACCUUCUCUUAAUCCGUAAACCUGGGGGUUGAAACAGUGAGAAAGGGGCACAGC